AUGGAGCCCAACAGUCCCAAAAAGAUACAAUUUGCUGUGCCUUUAUUCCAGAGUCAGAUUGCACCUGAAGCAGCUGAACAGCUGGGCCUUUGUUGUUCACAGAUCAGGAAAAGAAGACCUACACCAGCAUCACUUGUGAUUCUCAAUGAACAUAACCCCCCAGAAAUAGAUGACAAGAGAGUGACCAACACACAAGCAGAAUCACAGAAUGCAUCCCCUAAGCAAAGGAAGCAGAGCGUGUACACACCACCCGCCAUGAAAGGGGUUAAGCAUAUGAAAGGCCAGAAUGAAUCAGCAUUCCCCGAAGAAGAAGAAGGCGUGAACGAGAGAGAAGAGCAGUGGGACCAUUAA